AUGCAGGUGGAUCCCAACGAGGAUACCGAAUGGAAUGACAUUCUGCGCGCCCACGGCAUCAUCCCCGAAAAAGAGAAGGACCCCACGGAACAGCUCGAGGAGGCCCUGGCAGAGGCCGUGCAGAAACAGCACGAGAACAGGCUCGAGAACAAAACGCUCGACGAGCUCGAUGAGCUGGAGGAUGAGGAGGACGAGGAGUUUCUCCAACAGUACAAACAGAAACGCAUCGCCGAGAUGAACAGGCUUGCGGCCCGUGCCAAGUACGGCACGGUGUACCCGAUCACAAAGCCAGAGUACAAGCAACAGGUGACCGAUGCGUCGCAGGACUGCUUUGUCGUGGUCCACAUGUCGCUCCAGAGCGCGCUGCAGUCCCGGCUGCUGGCCAGCUUGCUUGCCCAGCUCGCGCCCCGGCUGCCCGAUGUGAAGUUUGUCGACAUUCCUGCUGAUCGCGCGGUCGAAAACUACCCCGAGGCCAACUGUCCGACGCUUCUUGUCUACCACAAGGGCGACGUUGUCAAACAGGCCGUCACGCUCGCCCAGCUCGGCGGCAACCAGACAAAACUUGCUGAUCUGGAAUCGUGGCUGUGCAGCACGGGCGCCGUGGCUGAAACAGAUUCCCGGCUCUCGAUCAACAGGCUGGAUGAAGAUUUGGAAGAGUCGCGCCAGACGCGGUUUGUCAAGAAGUCACUGCGAGGCUCAAACUUAUCCGACGAUGACGACGAUGACUUUUUCGACUAG